AUGUGGAUGUGGUAUCAUACAAAAAUUAAUGAAGUAUUACUUUUUGAAGGACUGAAAGUGGAAACAGUUGGAGGUUUGUUCGAAAAAAUAUAUUAUUAAACUGAAAACUUGCCAAAUUUGAAACUAGAAGAUUGUUAUUAUGUUUCAAACAAACACUUCUAACAAUUGUGAACAAAAACACAUGUGUUUCCGCAUUUUUGAAGACGUAACACAAUUAUGGAUCAAGAGACAAAACAUUUUGAAAUAAAUGUUGGUCUAGGAUCUCGGAGCCCAAAAUUCAUAGUACUGUAUAAAUGUUUCUAGGAAUAAUUUGUUUUCAGUUUUAUUAUUCACGUGUUUUAUGGUGAUUCUUGUGGCAGUUUUUCUCGAAUUUAUCAAACAUUUGAAUAAACGAUCGAAUCAAUCCACUAAUGAUAUUUCUUCAAAAUAUGGUGGACUUUCAAUUUCUCAGCGAAAAUCAAGGCAUGAACAUUGUUUUAAAAUUUUACAUUUAUUUCCUCAUUUUCAGCCAUUUGUAUCGGACAUUUCUACAUUUUUUUCAACUUUUGAUUGGAUAUUGCCUGAUGAAUGUCUACAUGAGUUUUUCGGUGAAUUUAAAAUUUUCAUGAACGUCCUUUUCCUUUUUUUUAGAAGAAUCCUGAUAAUGAUAAUAAAUCUCAUAUCUUUUAAUUCUUUCAGAUUUGGAUUUGUCUUUCAAUUUGUUUUGGACUUACUCUGGGGUAUUGGAUUUUCGAGAGGAAGAGUAAAUUAAUAGUUUGAUAUAAAAUAUUUUGUGCCAUUUUCUUUCAAAAAUUAUGUUCAAUUGAGGUCAAUAAAAAUUUCGAAAGACGUCUGAAAAUAAAAAUAAAUUUUUUUUUUGAUAAGCGAAUGUAUAACCUCGAGGAAUACAGAGUUUUCUGUGUUUACAAAUGCCAUGAACUUUAAAUUGUUCGUGAUAUUCAGUGAAUUCUUCCCCAUCUCUUCAAAAGUUUCUAUCUUUCGUAAAACUAUGAUGUCACGAAGUUUUCCUAUGAAAAGAACUUGAUGAAAUUAUGAAAUACGGAGGUCGUGGCCGAACCAACCAAAAGUCACGCCCACACAUGCGCUCUAGCGAAACCGGCAUUUGCUUUCGAAAUUUGCCGCGAAUCGGACUUUUCGAAUUUCUCUCUCUCUUUUCUUCUUUGUGUUGCGUAAUUAUUGCCUAAUUUUAAUUAUUAAACUUACAAUUCAUUCUUUCAGAGAAACCAUGUCCACAUCAGUAAAACACCGUGAAUUUGUUGGAGAACCAAUGGGAGAAAAAGAAGUGACAUGCAUCGCUGGAAUCGGACCAACUUAUGGAGCAAAAUUGGUCGAAUCAGGAUAUGACAAGGCCUAUGUUCUUUUCGGUCAAUUUUUGUUGUUGAAAAAAGAUGAGGAAAUGUUUGUUGAAUGGUUGAAGGUAACAGUUUUAUUUUAAAAAUCUGCUGUAUUGCGAAAUUUCGUAAAUUUUACAGGAAACCGCCGGAAUCAGCGCCAAUCACGCGAAAAGCGCAUUCAACUGUUUGAACGAGUACGCCGAACAAUUCAUUUAA